GGCGUCCCGGGCCCGGGCGGCCGGCGAGCAUGGAGGAGAAGUACCUGCCGGAGCUGAUGGCGGAGAAGGACUCGCUGGACCCCUCCUUCACGCACGCUCUGCGGCUAGUGAACCAAGAAAUAGAAAAGUUCCAAAAAGGAGAAGGCAAGGAUGAGGAGAAGUACAUUGACGUGGUGAUCAACAAGAACAUGAAGCUGGGGCAGAAGGUGCUGAUCCCCGUGAAGCAGUUCCCCAAGUUCAACUUUGUGGGGAAACUUUUGGGUCCACGUGGCAAUUCUCUGAAGCGUUUACAGGAAGAGACCUUGACAAAAAUGUCCAUUCUUGGAAAAGGUUCCAUGAGGGACAAAGCAAAGGAAGAAGAGCUGAGGAAGAGCGGGGAGGCCAAGUACUUCCACCUCAACGACGACCUGCACGUGCUCAUCGAGGUGUUCGCCCCGCCGGCAGAGGCCUACGCCCGCAUGGGGCACGCCCUGGAGGAGAUCAAGAAGUUCCUCAUCCCUGACUAUAACGAUGAAAUCAGGCAGGCGCAGCUCCAGGAACUGACGUACCUGAACGGAGGCUCGGAGAACGCCGACGUGCCCGUGGCCCGAGGGAAGCCCGCCUUGCGCACAAGAGGGGCCCCCACCCCGACGGUCACCAGGGGGAGGGGAGGCGUCACCGCACGGCCAGUCGGCGUCGGGGUGCCACGCGGGACAGCCACGUCCAGGGCGGUGCUGUCCACCCGUGGGCCCGUGAGCCGGGGAAGAGGACUUCUCACUCCCAGAGCAAGAGGAGUGCCCCCGACUGGGUACAGACCUCCUCCGCCGCCCCCCACUCAAGACACCUAUGGAGAUUAUGACUACGAUGAUGGAUACGGCCCUACUUACGAUGAACAGAGUUACGACUCCUACGAUAACAGUUACAGCACCCCGGCCCAAAGGCGUCUGCAGGGUGUGAGCCUGGCAGCUUGCAUCCCGUUCACCGAGUCCCGGCUGCUGCUGCGCAGAGCUGUGUACAGCCCUGGAGUCAGCCGCCGGCGGGCGGCCCGGCGCGUCCCCUUGCUGCCGGGCUCUCCAGGACCGACUCUCUUCCUGGUUUCAGGGCAGGACGACUGGACGAACUCGCGGCACAAGGCGCCCUCCUCGAGGUCGGCGAAGGGCGCCUACAGGGACCAGCCCUAUGGCAGAUACUGAUUGUCUGUCUGGUGUGAUUUGCCCACCUCCACCCGUCCUGUGUACUGUUCAAAGAAACGCCAGCCACCUUGGAAAGUCAGAGGGAGCGGCUGAGCCCGGACUGAGCAGCGGAACUUUCCUCCUCAUUACGGACUGCUUGAGAGUAGUCAGCUCACCAACGUGCCUAGGCAGUAGACGGAUUCACGUGGGGACUUGAAAGUCAUCUGGAAUUUUUUGGGGGAGGGGCGUAGUUUGUGUUCCGUGAGAUGUUUGAUAAAAUGAAGUGCUUUUUGAUUUGGAAAGCCUGUUUGCUUAAACAAAAAGGAAGCAAGCGCCUCUUUCUCUGUUCCCCGAGGCCACGCGGGGGGCCA